AUAUUUACCGCGAAUCUACGAUAUGGCCGCUCCCAUGUGAAACAUGUCUUAACUUCGGAGGAAGACGGGUGUAUUGCAUAAGCCGUUUCAUUUGAGUACUGUUUAUUGAAGAAAGCACGUUGUUUCAACACUUAGGACAAUGCGACUACUUACACGUAGUCGAAGAGUACUUGGGACUUAUUGGAAGUCAAGACUGUAUGGCACUGCAGCAAAGGAUGUCAGUAAAGUUCUAAAGGAGGGUGACAAGCUACAUGGAUAUACUGUCAAGAAAGUAUCUGAGGUGCCUGAGUUAUAUCUGACUGCUGUUGCCUUGGAGCAUGACAUCACUGGGGCUCAACAUCUUCACACAGCCCGAGAUGAUGACAACAACACUUUCGGUGUUGCUUUUCGCACAACGCCCUUGGACAACACUGGUGUACCUCACAUCCUGGAACACACCACGCUCUGCGGUUCAGACAAGUUUCCUGUACGGGAUCCAUUCUUUAAGAUGCUCAGUCGAUCCCUUGCCACCUUUAUGAAUGCCUUUACUGCCUAUGACUGGACGAUGUAUCCAUUUUCAAGCCAGAACCCACAAGACUUUCAGAACCUACUGAGUGUGUAUCUUGAUGCUGUGUUCCGCCCCACGCUCAGGGAGCUGGACUUCAAGCAGGAGGGAUGGCGUCUGGAGCCUGAGGACCCAAGCAACCCCUCCUCCCCACUCACUUUCAAGGGGGUGGUUUACAAUGAGAUGAAGGGAGUUUUUUCCAGCUCACAGUCUAUCUUCCAUCAAGUGGCUCACAACAAGCUUCAGCCCAGCCAUACGUAUGGAGUGGUGUCAGGUGGAGAUCCUGCCUACAUACCUGACCUCACAUGGCAACAACUGAAGGAUUUCCAUGCCACACACUAUCAUCCCAGCAACUCACGGUUUUUCACGUAUGGCAGCUUUCCCUUGGAGGAUCACCUUGAGUACAUCAACACCAACUAUCUGCAGCAUUUCUCACAGAUCCCUGUCAACACUUCCGUCCCAGCGGAACCCCGAUGGAAACAACCGCAAGAAACAAGCAUCACCUGUGCCCCAGAUCCAAUGGCUGCUGAUCCAGACAAGCAGACGAGUGUUUGUGUCAGUUAUUUAUUGAAUGAUAUAACAGACAAUGAGGAAUCUUUUACAAUGUCUGUCAUCUGCACACUUCUGGUUGAUGGAGAGACGGCGCCAUUCUACAAGUCCCUCCUGGAGGCAAACAUUGGCAGUGACUAUUCACCAGCCAUUGGGUACGACGGACAUACAAGAGAAGCUACCUUCUCUGUGGGUUUGCAGGGAAUUCAUGAAAAGGACACAAACAGGGUUCGACAGAUUAUUGCUGACACCUUUGACAAAGUGAUACAGGAAGGGUUUGAUCAGAAGAGAAUUGAUGCGCUCCUUCACAGCAUAGAACUAGCCCUCAAACACCAGAGCAGCAACUUUGGUCUGGGACUUGGAGUGUCAGUGAUUUCCCACUGGAUCCAUGACAGCGACCCGAGCAGCCACCUACAGGUCAACCAGAGAGUCGAACAAUUUAAACAGAAGCUGAAAGAUAAUCCCCGCUUUCUCCAGGAGAAAGUGAAGCAGUAUUUCAAGAACAAUCCCCACAACUUGACCUUGAGCAUGACCCCAGAGAGCAGCUUUGAGGUCAAGAGGCAGGAAGCUGAGAAAGCCAAACUGAACUCUCUGGUAUCAGCACUGACAGACCAGGAUAGACAAGUCAUCAUUAAACAGACUGAAGAGCUUCUUAACAAACAGAAUGCAGCUGAAGACCUGUCCUGCCUACCUACACUAAGGGUGUCUGAUCUCAACAAGAACAUCAAACGAGAGAAAGUGGAGACAACAAGUUUAGGAAAUGUCCCCAUCUGGUACAGCAAGCAGCCAACCAAUGAGGUGGUGUACAUGACACUUCUAUCCAACAUGGCCGACCUGCCAUCACAUCUGUACCCCUACGUCCCUCUCUUCUGUAAUGUCAUUACAAAAAUGGGUGCUGGUCCGUAUGACUACAAGUCUCUGUCGGAAGAGAUGCAGCUGUAUACCGGUGGAUUGUCCUCAGGGCUGACGGUAGACAGUCAUCACACGGAGCCCCACGCCUUCCAGCAGGGUAUCAUGUUCUCCUCCCACUGUCUGGAAAGAAACCUGGACAAGAUGGCCGAACUCUGGACACACAUCUUUACCAGCCCAGACUUGAAAGAUCUGAACCGACUGACUACAUUGAUCAACAUGGCUGCCAGUGACAUGGCUUCAAGUCUGUCCAACUCAGGCCACAGUUACGCCGUGAAACAUUCAGCAGCAGGCCUUUCACCAGCCGCACAGCUCAGUGAGACUUUCAGCGGCGUCACACAGGUGACAACAAUGAAGAAGAUUGCAGAGUCAGGUGAUCACACAGAACUUGUACAACACCUGCAGGAAAUAGGGAAACACAUCCUGUCCAAACAGAACAUCAGGGUAAUGGUGAAUGCAACUCCAAAGUUUAUGGACACUGUUCUUGGCAAAAUGGAGCACUUCCUGUCAGACAUCUACGGGUCACCAGAAGGGGGCGCCACCAAACUGGUGAAGAACCCUUCCUUCGCAGUCAGUUCGUCACACACACAGUUUGAGCUGCCAUUCUCGGUCAACUACAUGAGCAAGAGUGUACCAGGUGUCAUUUACACACAUCCUGACUACGCAAGGUUGAGAAUUUUGUCAAAUUUACUGUCAAGGAAGUUCCUCCAUAGAGAAAUCAGAGAAAAAGGGGGAGCCUAUGGUAGUGGAGCCACAUGCAGCAGUGGUGUGUUCAGCUUCUUCUCAUACAGGGACCCUCAUUCCCUCCAGACUUUAGAUGUGUUCGAGGCUGCAGGGCAAUGGGCAGCAGACGGCAAGUUUACAGACCAGGACAUUGAUGAAGCCAAACUUGGAAUCUUCCAACAGGUGGACAAGCCAGUGGCGCCGGGAGACCGAGGAUCACUUGUAUUCAUCAACAGCAUCACGGAUGACAUGAGACAAGCCAUGAGAGAUGAGCUGUUUGCUGUGUCCAGGAAUGACAUAACAACAGUGGCAAACAAGUACUUGCUGAACAAAUCUGGAGCACAGGGAGUGUCCUUCCUGGGCCCAGCCAAUGAAACAGUCCAGGCAGACAAGACAUGGACGAUCAUCAAGGAGUGAGAUGUCCAGCAUCUCAGAGCUUGACACUGUCAUCUGCAGAAAGUGCUAUGUUACUGGCCUUCUAUAAACACUGGGUGUAUAACAAGUCAUAUUCCCUUCAUUUUUGGUAGAGGCUGUGGAAUAUAUAAUUCAGGUUAAUCAGAUUUCUGUGAUGUGGCCAUAUUGCUAGUGACAACAACCAACACCCUUUUAGUAAGUAAUUAUUGAAUAUAGGUAGUAGUGAAAGUACCCGUAACAAGGAAAGGAAGAGAUAAGACCACAUGUGUGAAAUUCUUCUCUAUUUCCCAUCCAUAUUUCCACAACUUGAUAAAUUCUUCUAUCCUUGGCAUUUCCUGUGUAAACUUUAAGCUGAAGUAGUCGUGCGUGUGCUGGCCAUAUUGACAAGAGUGAUAGUUGUGCACGUGAAAAUAUGUGUGUGUGUGUGUUAAAUUGUAAAAAAUGAAAAUGUGAAUAAACCUACCGAAUCAUU